GUUCCUGUCAUAUUAACGUUUAGAUCCAGACAUCUCGAGCCAAGGCGAGCUAUCCGAAGCAUUCGAGAAAAAUAAUCAUUCAGAUUUCCUAGCGAAAAAAUGGCUGCAUCUGGUAAAUUAUCGGUUUUGGCCCGUCAAUUGAGCACUAGCUCCGCAACAGCCCAGCUGGUCAAACCACCGAUUCAGGUUUUUGGUUUGGAAGGUCGCUAUGCUUGCGCCCUGUACUCGGCCGCUUCCAAGACCAAAGUGCUAGAUGCCGUCGAGAAGGAUCUCAAGGGGCUACAGAAACAGAUCCGUUCCGAUCCGAAGGUUCGCGAUCUGUUGAUUAACCCGACCACCAAACGAAACGUGAAAGCCGCCGCUCUGAAGGAAGUUUCCAAUCGGGUUAAGCUUAACGCUGCCACUGGCAACCUGCUCGCGCUGCUGGCCGAAAACGGGCGUCUGGGUCGACUGGAUGGCAUCAUCAAUGCCUUCUCGCUGAUUAUGGCCGCCGAACGGGGAGAGGUCGUGUGUGAAGUCGUAACCGCGAAGCCUCUGGACGAUGCUCAGCGCAAGCAACUGGAGGGUGCCCUGAAGGCGUUCCUAAAACCGAACCAAACCAUCCAGCUUACUGCUAAGGUUGACACGGCGCUGAUUGGUGGAAUGGUCGUCUCCAUCGGCGAUAAAUACGUGGACAUGAGCGUGGCCAGCAAAAUCAAGAAGUACACCGACAUCAUCACCGCUCCGAUCUAAGAUGGGUUGGGUGUAGCGUUGCGAGUGGUAAAUGAAUUUGUAGGAUUUGUUGUAAAGUUAAAAUAUUUCUGCAGUAUAUCGAACAGUCAUGCAGAAACAGAAUAAAAGGGAAACAUCUUCAAAUAGUUUUUUGUAUUCA